CCAGAUGAGUCAUAGUUAAUUAAGUGGCUUGAACACGUAGAUAAGCUCGUAGUUACACAGUAGCACGAAUCCAGUACAACGGAUGAUCUUGUUGGGCAAGCUGAGCGCGACGGUCAGCACCAAACUCACUACUGCUGGCGCAAACCGCGAGUGUCACACAUCAGUAUCUGGUAUGGCCUAUUCAUCAUAAAUAGGCGGCGGGUCACAAUCUGGCUGGAGCGAGAAGCAACUUCGCGAUUUCAUGGACAGUUGAGAUGAGGUACUUUCGAAACCUUGGGCCGGCUGCACGACGUGGCAUGGGCGCAGCCGACUUUUCCGCUUGAGAACCUUUCUAUCCAAGACUUCACUGCAAUUAAGGAUGACUGAGACAAAUCAAAUCGUCACAACAAUCCUAACAAAACCCAUAGAGAGAACUCUCGCCUGGAUCCUGUAAUCGAUGGCGACGGGCCGACCGUUUCUCACUGGCCAUUUCGUGGGGACUUGUGACGGUCACACCGCAUACAGAGUGUCACUGACUGAGGGCUGCUCACGAGUGCACACUGCACAGCCAAUCGACUUUGCCUCAACCAGCAUAACUUUUAACGUAUGCAAGCUCAACAUUAUUAUUCACCAAUAUCUAAAUCAUAGUAGCAAGGAGAAAGUACUAGCGCGUUCAGAAAGUCGCCGAUUCCUGACAAGGCCAGCCAAGGCAUCUGGCUUUGCGGACUCGUCACUGCCUAUUGUAUAAGAGUAUGUCACAAUCAGCUUGAUGCCCUUAUGUUGGCUGGGCGAUGCGAGGCACAGUGGUGGUCGCGGUGUUGCUCUGGCUGGCAGCGGCAGCCGCGGACCUAACAGUUAUUGAAGAGAGCUGUGCUCGUGGCAGCUUUCGUCAGCUUGCGCUGAGUUGCUCUGGCAGUUCGGACUAUGCUGCGACGUCUAAGGACCCGCUCAUGUCUCCCCGCGUUGCGCUUGCUGCCAUCCUGCACGCGUGCUUGGGCUCGCCAUCGUCACCACGCCCGUUGCGCAUCAUCAGCCCCACCGGGUCAUACACCCAGCCUAUCUACCGGCUGACCGCAGCAUACAGCGCGACGACGCAAGUGCCCGUCAACUACAUCACUCUUCCCCUGUUGCAGUACACAACGAGUCGCCAAAGCAUGUUGCUGGACGCGAACCCGCCAACAAACAGCACCGGCUAUGAUGCGCUGGUUGCAAGCGCCACUGCGUAUGGGGAUGCAGCUCAGGUUCCGGGCAAGCUCUUGGAUCUGUCGUACCUCGUGGUCAAUGACCCGGUCGUGGAUUGGCAGGACAUCCCCGCCGCCCUGCGCGCCUCCAUGACCAUGUACGAUGGGAAGAUUGUGGCGCUGCCGCUGGCGCCUGCAGCCUUUCUCACGUUUUACAGGCUGGACAUCUUCCAGCGCGACAACCUCACCGUGCCGCAGACGUGGGAGCAGUUUGCGGACCUGGCGGAACGCUACCACAACGGACCCGACGGCCUGGUGGGCGCUUGCAUCAUGCCCAUUGGGUGCCGCGGCGAGUCGCUGAUGUUGCGAACCAUUUAUGCCAGCUACGUCCAAACUCAGGGCCACAGCCAGGGAGUCUACUGGGACCCCGAGACCAUGCAACCUCUGGUCGCCUCGCCAGCAAUGGAGGCGGCCCUGCGGAUCUUUCGGCGCCUGUAUGCUGUGGGGCUGACCAACUCCCAUGCGCCCAACUGCUUGAUGACGGAAUUCAAUGAAGGCAAAUGCCUCUUGUCCAUAGCGCCAGGAUCUCGUUUCAAGGAGGCAAACAUUGGUGACCCCAAUGUGACUGUGGUCCGCGGUCGCAUCGGCGUCGCGCCCCUUCCGGGGUCCACGCGUGUUCUGGACCGGAACAGCAUGGCGCUGGUGCCUUGCGACAAGCAGCGCUGUCCACUGGCCGAGGGCGCCGUGGAGCAGGAUGGUGUGAUGGUCCCUGUGAACCGGCCAUCCACAGUGGCGUCUGCCAUCAUCCUUAUCAAUGGCCUGUCGCCGCUGCAGUACCAGUUUACUGCGUACGAAUUAUUCGCGCUGCUCACGGCCUCAAGGAUCACGGACGCGCAAACCGUGCUGCUCGAAAUCAACGAUCAACUGCCGCUGAGGUUGCAGGAGCUGUCCACAGACUAUCUGCCGCUGUGGGUGAAACGAGGCUACGACCCACAGGACACAACGCGCUUCCUCACGGUCUAUAAGCGGGUGAUGGGAUGCGGGAAUGUCAGCCCGGACCUCAAAAUCCGCCUCACCAGCAACGUAACGUCUGCGCUGCUGGCUGCUGCUCUUCAGUACAACGACCCGCACACGCCAGAGUCCGCGCUGCCGGCGGUCCUGACUCGACUGCAGGCCGUUCUUGACGGCAUUGCAGCCGCUGAACGUAGCCCAGAGGCCUUCGCGCAGCAAUACCGCAGGUCACUGAACUGGGUGCCCUCAGCAACAAACUCCCCGGGCUCGGCGGCAAGUCAGCAACCGCCUCCAGGCACUAGGGGCGACGACGCUAGGCGACGCAGUACGACGCGGGCUGUGGCGCUCUCAGUCAGCUGUGGGGUGCUGCUGGCCCUGGUGGCGGCGGGCGCCUUCCUACUGCGCAGGCAACUGCACCUGAGGAGACAGGCGCGACGCGGCGCGGCGGAGGAAGCGCCGCCCGGUGUGGGCGAGCUGACCACACUCGUGGUCACGGACAUGUUUGAGAGCACACUGCUGUGGGAGUGCUUGCCUGCUGUAGUGAUGGACCAGGUGCUGACGAUACAUCAUGACAUCAUGCGCGAGACGCGUGUGGCGUGCAAGGGCUUUGAAAGCGCGACGGAGGGAGAUUCGUUCAUCAUCGCCUUCAAGUCGCCAAGCGCAGCAGUGUCAUUUUGUCUGAGGGCCCAACAGGCGCUACUGGAUGCGCCCUGGCCCUAAGAGCUCCUAACUUUCACACUACCGCCAGCGUCAGCUGGCCAACAGCCCACGGUGCCAGGAGCGGUCGCGGGUGCGGACGCGAACUGGAACUUCGCGCUCCCAGAGGAUGG